UUCGUCGCAAAGGCGAACUUAAAGAAAAUGUACCUUUAACCCAUCAUGAAUCGCUUAUAUCUGGCGUAAACAACAGUACAGGAAGAGAGUGAUACAGUCACAUGAUUCAUGACGUGAUCACAUGACAGUCAAAAGAUUUGUGAAGAUACAAACUCAACUGUAUUGCUGACUUGACCUGUGGGGUCUCUGUGAAAAUGACUGCACAGUGGCUUUUCUUUGGACUGAUUUUGCUGAUCCUCGGUGGAAAAACUGAGACACUUUUAUCUGCGGUGGGAAAGCAAAGUAAUGAGGUCAAUCCAUCUCACAAUGACCUCACACCUGAUUUUAAGGAGAAGUAUUUCAAACAAACUUUAGACCACUUCAAUUACAACAGCCUAGGCAAUGGCACAUAUGACCAGCGCUACCUUAUCACAGACAAGUACUGGAAAAAAGGCUAUGGACCCAUUUUGUUCUACACUGGUAAUGAAGGGGACAUAUGGGACUUUGCUCUGAAUUCUGGGUUUAUAACAGAGCUGGCAGCAGUACAGGAAGCUCUGGUGAUAUUUGCUGAGCAUCGGUACUAUGGAAAGUCUCUACCAUUUGGAAAGGAUUCAUUUAAUAUCCCAGAAGUGGGGCUGUUGACAGUGGAGCAGGCCCUGGCUGACUAUGCAGUCAUGAUUACAGAGCUGAAAAAGGAACUGGGUGCUCAGUCAUGCCCCGUCAUUGUCUUUGGUGGAAGCUAUGGAGGAAUGUUGAGCGUUUACAUGAGAAUCAGGUAUCCAAAUAUUGUGGCUGGAGCAUUAGCUGCUAGUGCUCCCAUCCUGUCCACAGCAGGACUAGGAGACUCUAGACAGUUCUUCCAGGAUGUAACAGCAGAUUUUGAGAUGGUUAGCCCUGCCUGCAGAGAUGCAGUAAAGGGAGCUUUCUCGAAGCUAAACACUUUGGCACAACAAGAAGACUACGGACGCAUCCAGUCUGCCUUCUCCCUGUGUAAAACUCCUUCCACCUCAAAGGACAUUCACCAGCUGAACGGUCUACUGCGCAACGCUUUCACCAUGAUGGCCAUGUUGGACUAUCCUUACAGCACUCAAUUCAUGGGCAGCAUGCCAGCCUUCCCUGUGAAGGUGGCGUGUGAAACUAUGCUGAACGGCACUGAUCUUAUGACAGCACUCAGAGAUACUGUUGGCAUUUUAUAUAACUCCACUGGAACACUCGCAUGCUAUGACCUCUACAGUCUCUAUGUGGAGUGUGCUGACCCCACCGGCUGUGGCCUUGGUUUUAACAGCUAUGCAUGGGAUUACCAGGCUUGCACAGAGAUUGAGCUGUGUUAUGAGAGCAACAAUGUGACAGACAUGUUCCCACCUAUGAAAUUCACGGAGCAGCAGAGAGAGCAGUACUGCUCGAAGAGAUGGCGAGUGGUGCCACGUCCAGGCUGGCUCAAGACCCAGUACUGGGGGAAUGAUCUCUCCACUGCAAGCAAUAUUAUAUUUUCCAAUGGUGACCUUGAUCCUUGGGCUAAUGGAGGGAUCAGAAAGUCACUCAGUCCAUCACUGAUUGCAGUCAACAUACCAGAGGGAGCACAUCAUCUGGAUUUAAGGGAGUCAAACCCAGCUGAUCCUGAGUCAGUUAUCUCUGCUCGCAAGAAGGAGGCUGAAAUCAUUGCUCAAUGGGUGAAGGACGCAAGGAAGAAGUCAUCAUGAGUUACUUUUAUUUACAAUUUAUUUUAAUCUUUGUAAACUUGUCAAAUAUAGAAUAAAUCAAUUUUCCACAGAAAAUACAUGGACAUUAAAAA